AUGGGUUUAUGUACGGAGAUCAAAAAGUUUAUUUUGAUUGCUUUAUUAGUUCGCCAUAUUGAUUUUAUAUCGUCCUCUUCAUUGUUCUCAUCUGGUGCACAGGUAUGCAUUCUUCACCAUCAUGCGCGUAAUUUUACCAACUCAUCGUUGUCAUCCGGUAUCAAUAACCCUGAUAUGUUAAAAGAUUGUUCAUCGUUAAAUAAAUUAUUGAUAGAACUGAAUACACAUGCGAAACUUGUGUUGGCAAAUUUAAAUACGUUAAGAAAACAAAAAGAAUUAUGUGAUGUAUUACUGAUCAUUGGACAGUCAAAAAUUCCAGCACAUCGAGCCGUUUUAUCAGCUUGUAGUCCCUAUUUUAAAGCAAUGUUUACUAGUGAAUUAGCUGAAAGUCGUUUAACGGAAAUUGUUAUUCAUGAUGUUGAUGAAAGUGCAAUGGAUUUACUCAUUGAAUUUUGUUAUAGUUCAACAAUUUUAGUUGAUGAAAAAAAUGUCCAAACAUUAUUACCAGCAGCUUGUAUACUACAGAUUCAAGAAGUUCAAGAUACAUGUUGUGAGUUUUUAAAAGCUCAAUUAGAUCCAUCAAAUUGUCUAGGUAUACGAGCAUUUGCUGAUACACAUUCAUGUAGAGAAUUAUUAAAAAUUGCUGAUAGAUAUACACAACAUAAUUUCAAUGAAGUAAAAGAAAGUGAAGAAUUUUUAUUUUUACCAGUAAAUCAAUUGAUUGAUAUAAUAUCAAGUGACGAAUUAAAUAUGACCAGUGAGGAAGACGUGUUUAAUGCCGUAAUGCAUUGGAUACAAUGUAAUACAGAACAGAGAAAACAAUAUUUAUCACAGGCAUUGGAACAUGUUCGUUUACCAUUGAUGAAUGCAAGAUUUCUUGUUAAUACAGUUAGUUCACAUCCUCUAAUUCGAAGCGAUCAAACAUGUCGUGAUCUUGUUGAUGAAGCAAAAGAUUAUUUAUUAUUACCUCAAGAGAGAUUAAAUAUGCAAGGCCCAAGAACACGACCAAGAAAACCAAUUAAACCGGGAGAAGUAUUAUUUGCGGUUGGCGGUUGGUGUUCAGGUGAUGCUAUUGCCAGUGUUGAAAUGUAUGAUCCACAAACGAAUGAAUGGCGUGCUGUUGCUCAAAUGAGUAAACGACGAUGUGGAGUAGGCGUAGCUGUAUUAAAUAACUUAUUAUAUGCUGUCGGAGGGCACGAUGGAACCAGUUAUUUGAACAGUGUUGAAAGAUUUGAUCCACAAACAAAUCAAUGGAGCAGUGAAGUAUCACCAACGAGUUCAUGUCGAACAAGCGUCGGUGUAGCUGUGUUAGAUGGAUGUUUAUUUGCGGUUGGAGGACAAGAUGGAACAUCUUGUUUAAAUCUCGUAGAAAAAUAUGAUCCGACAUUACAACGUUGGAUUCGUGUGACAUCAAUGUGUACAAAACGUUUGGGUGUGGCCGUAGCUGUUUUAGAUGGAUAUUUAUAUGCAAUUGGUGGUUCGGACGGUCAGUGUCCGUUAAGUACAGUUGAACGAUACGAUCCAAAAAUGAGUAAAUGGUCAGCUGUAGCAUCGAUGACAACACGUCGUAAACAUCUAGGAUGUGCUGUGUAUAAUGGUUAUAUAUAUGCUGUGGGUGGUCGAGAUGAUGCCACAGAAUUAUCAACCGCCGAACGUUAUAAUCCAAAAACAAACCAGUGGAGCGCAGUUGUGGCCAUGAAUUCGAGGAGAAGUGGAGUUGGCUUAGCUGUUGUUAAUGGUCAUCUGAUGGCUAUCGGAGGUUUUGAUGGUUCAGCAUAUUUGAAAUCCGUUGAAUUGUAUGAUAGUGAACAAAAUUCAUGGAAAUUAAACGGUGGAAUGAAUUAUCGACGACUAGGUGGUGGUGUCGGUGUAAUUAAACUACAUCACUUGGAUUCUAUUUUAUCGGUGUUGAUAACCAAUCCAGAUGAUAUUAAAAAUCGACCAUUAUCGAAACUGGUUGACUUAUAA